AUGGGAGACUCGACUUCGGACCUUUCGGACGGCAUUCAUAUCGGCUACUCGCAUCGAACACGUCUAGGAGGUUCCACGCAGCCUUUCAGAUCAGAGCGAGGGCCGUAUGCACAGCUCUGGGAACUCCUAGGAAGUCUACCACGUCGAAAAGCGAUUGUUGAUAAGCUCGUUCGACUCUUCUUCAACGACCUAAAUGUCACUUUCGAUGCUGUACAUGAGAAGACCUUUAUGCGGCAUUAUGAAGACUUCUGGGAUCGCAAGGCAGGUUGUGAUGAUUUGACCAACCUCAACCUGCGCUGGCUCUCGGUAUUGUUCAUCAUUCUUGCUUUCGGCGAAUUGUUGGACUGUCCUCAACCAUGCUCUGUGGAAGCUCAGAGGGAGUGCGAAGAUUCUUCGCUGCAUUUCCACUGGUCAGCAAGAAAGAGCCUGGUAAUCGCGCCAUCGUUCUACGGGGAGUCUCCGGAUCUGACCCGAGCUGGUAUUCUGAUCACUCGCUAUCUGAUCUAUACAAAACGCAUUUCUGAAUCUUGGCUUACUGGCAGCUUUGCUGUUCGCAUGGCUCAAGCUCAGGGAAUGCAUAUUGACGGUGAACACCUGCAACUUCCUAGAAAGGUCAUCGAGAUCCGCCGAAGGCUAUGGAGUCAACUAUACUUUCUCGAUGUCAGUAUUGCUCUUGCCCUUGGGAGACCAAACUCAAUCAACGAAAAACACUGCGUGUUCAAAGAAAUAGAUAACCUCUGGGUUGAUGAUAUGUCAAAUGAAGAAGCUGCUUCAGCUCAGCCACUGAACUUGGAAGCAAACCCCACGCCGAGUGCACUGCUGAUUUUCCAGCAUCGCCUGUCCCAGAUUAUCACUCGGAUAUAUGACAUGCAGUUCAGUCUCACUUCCACCACAGGCUCUUCAGCGUCUUACGAUGAAGUCGUACACAUUGAAGAUCUUCUCCAACUAUGGAAAGACACUUUACCUUCUUACUUCAAAUUGGAUGCAGACUUGCGCAUGGACGAACAACACACCUUUCUUCGCUGGCAUCGCCACUAUCUACAUACAGCAUUUCACUUUGCGCGGAUCACCUUACAUCGCGCUUUCCUCUUCCAGCCUAGUAUCACCGGUCGCUUCAGGCGCAGCCGUGAUGCAUGCAUAUCCUCUGCCUGUGCGGAUCUACAGAUCAGACUAUCUUUGCACAAUCCCACCAUGUCAGAGCGCAUCAAGGCAUAUUCGAGUACACAACAGCUCUCAAACAGCGCACUCAUACUCGGUAUCAUCGCAGUUCAGUCGCCCUAUGCACAACAGACGGAGGGUAUAUUGAGUGACCUGCAAUCUUACUGUUACCAGCAAUAUCACGAUCCCUGGUCAAAUGAGUUCAGUCUUGCAGAAGCGAGGGUGGUCGAACUUUGCAUCAAAAGAACGUUGCAAGCACGUCAAUCGCCAGCUGCUUCUCAACCCAAGCCACCAACAAUGAUGCAACCGGGGUCGCAGACAAGACCAGUCUCGGGUCAUGUUUCGGCUCUGAAUAGUUUGACACAACAUUCAUCCGUUGCGGUUUAUGACUCGAACUUGAAUCCAACACGCUCUACAGAACUUGGUGCGACAGGGAAGGAGCCUUGGUCUUUCAAUGAGUUUCCAGAACUUAUGGAUUUCACUUAUUGGGAAGGAUUGAUUGACAACUUGAGCGGUUGCAUGUCGUCCAAUCCUGACUAA